GACACAUUGGAUUGGCAAAAAUUCAGAGAUAGAACGAUGCGGGCCCCCAGGAUUCCAAAGAGCACAAUGCAAUUGAUUCAGGGGACCGCUGCGAUUGGAGCCCCGGAGAAGAAAUCCCGGCUUCCAUUUUGAAAGUCUUCCAGUGAAGCGGCUCAGUGAUGGACGCGGUGGUGGAGAACCGCCAACAGCCCAGAGAUUUGAAGGGUUAUUUGAUGCUCACCUGCUCGUGGCUGCGACGGCACAUGUAGGAUGAAAGCCUGUUUGACCUGCUUCGCGGGGUUGAAAAUGUGGCUCGUCGUCGCGUCCCACCGGGGCUCCGAGGCACACGCUUCCUUGCGGGUUCGCCACUUGAGGCAAGCCACAUUUCUGAUUGCUCCCUAUUGGAAUUGUCCAAUGGUCUUUCCUCGGAGACUCGGGAUGGUAGAAUGGAUCAAAGUGACGCAGUGGGUAUACGACGGGAAUGUUGGAGCAUGGACAGACAGCGUGAGAGCGUGUACUCGGUAAACUACGAGAAAAGCUUUCGAUGGGGGCAGAGAACGAGG